UGUUACCCUCCAAUACAUGGAAGUGUCACCCCCUGCUAUUUAACGAUGAAACAAGAAAAGUCGUCCAGAUAACCUUGUUUUUGUAGUUAGUGCAAUUUUUCUUACAACAAAAUGUUACGUUCUGUCGUCUCCAGAUAUUUGAUGAUCUGUCACUGAGCAUUUCCUAGACAGUCAGUAACCUGUGUAGAUCGAAUCAUUAAGAGAAUCCGGUGCAGUGACAGACUGUCACUUGACAGCUUGAUUUAACCGAAUCGCGUACAGCUAUAAAAAAGACGCUAAAAAAGACUAUACGCCAGCACGACGAAUAAAGUUAAAUAGCUACAAAAGUUGAUCGUAGUAACUAGAAUAAGGCAAAAUUAUAAACAUUUUCUGAAAAUCUUUUAACUCGUGUGAAUAAUCCUUUUUUGCAACAGAACUUGUUCCUUUUUACAUCGCCUUUGCAAGGGGCUUUAAUUGUUUUCUUCCGGCCAAUAAAGUCAGACAAAUGUCAAAAAACAAAUUGAACCUGACGCUACCACCUGGUUCCAUCGAGCCAGUGCCGGCAGUAUCGCCUUCGCCACCAGUUCCGCCACUUCCUACAUAUUCCGAACCUUCGGUAAUACCAGAUGGUGUAAUGGGUAAAAUGAGUAUAGAUGCGAUUCAGGAAAGAUUGGAAGAACUGGAAAUGGACGAAGAACAACGUAAAAGAUUGAAAAGCUUUUUAGGCCAAAAGGAGAAAGUUGGAGAACUAUGCGAUGAAGAUUUUGAAAAACUUGGAGAAUUAGGUGCUGGUAACGGUGGCGUCGUAAUGAAAGUCAGACAUAAAAAAUAUGGAUUAAUCAUGGCAAGAAAGUUGAUUCAUUUGGAGGUCAAACCAGCUAUAAAGAAACAAAUUAUUAGAGAGUUAAAAGUUCUUCACGAAUGUAACUUUGCGCACAUAGUUGGUUUCUAUGGUGCAUUUUACAGUGAUGGUGAGAUCAGCAUAUGCAUGGAAUACAUGGAUGGUGGAUCGUUGGAUCUUAUAUUGAAAAAAGCAGGAAGAAUACCUGAGCCUAUUUUAGGAACCAUUACUUUGGCGAUCGUACAAAAGUCGGAUUAUCAGUAAUAGGUUUCUUUUUCAACGCAUCCAUUUGGAUAUAUACGAAUUAUUAAUCUUCUGAUUUCAUCGUAAACCCAGAGAAAUAUGGCGUAUGGUAAGCAAGGC